GUGUCUUGGCCCAUCGUUUCGUGGUCUUUGUUCUCCCCGUGCGCGACACCUCCACCGGGCCCCGGCCGCCCAUCUUCAACAAGACCUGCACACAGGAUGGGGACAUUUGGCACUACAUCGCCAACCACCCUGACCUUCAUUUCCACAUGCAGAAUGAUACCGUCGAGAAGCAUCGCAUGCCCAACAUCGGGGGUGCCUGGCUUCAGCUUUGUGGGCAGACGGACCUCGACUGCGCCGCGGGCUUUGUUGGUUCAGCACAGUUGCGAUGUUCACCAACAGGUUCCUACACCUACAAGGGCGAGUGCACGCGGAUUCGCUGCGGCCAGCCUAAAGAGGAAGUGGGCCACGCGCGGCUGCACGAGUUUGGCCAAAUCCGCCGAUGGACCAGCGAUAUGGAGAUCAGCUACGAGUGCGUUCGGGGCUACAUCGGCCGUAUUCGGGGCAUCUGCGGCAAGGAUGGCGUUUGGCGUCUCAAAGGGGAAUGCACUGAGGUGGUGUGUCCAAAUCCGCCCCUGGUGCCGCGCGCCAAGCCUCUUCUGGAGCCCCAUGAGUUGGAAAAUCGCACGUGGCAAGCGGGGACGUCUUUGCGCUAUCAGUGCGAAGAGCCUUUCACAGGCACGAUCACAGCUACCUGCGAGGACGACGGUUCCUUCCAACUCCAGGGCCGAUGCGUGCGGCGGUGCACGACGCCGCCGGCGCUGCCCAACAGCAUCGCUGUGUACAACAACACCUUGGCGCAGACAGGUUUCUUCGAAGGUCUUCGUGUCACCUACCAAUGUAGCCCAGGAUACGGAGGUACGCUCGUGGCCACCUGCAGGGAGGAUGGCAAGUACAGUGUUGAAGGCGGCUGCAAGCUGCGCUGCACCGAUCUGCAGCGUUUUCUGCAGAGGGAGUUUGGCGCAUCCUGGAAGGACGAGCUUCACAUGAAUUCUUCCGAGAACCUGGAUCUCGCGGGAACUGGGCAGGCGGAUCUGGUCCCACUGCGUUGUGGCGUGGGCCUGGAGGGUCAGCCUUUGGCAGCAUGCCAUGAGGGCAAGUGGCGCCUGCUAGGCGCGACAACGUGGAGGUUUUUAACGGGAGAAUCAACCUUGCUGAAUGUUGAAGUGCCAUUGUUGGACUAG